AUGAACGCGAAAUUAUGGAAUGCAUCUUCGAAUGAUAAAAAAGGUCGUUUAAUAGUUCGUAACAUCCCAUGGCAAUAUCGUGAACAAGAACUUUUAAAAAUUUUCUCCAAAUAUGGAGAAAUAAUAGAAGUAAAUUUGCCGCGUAAAUUCACAGGAGGUCCGUUACGGGGAUUUGCGUAUAUACAAUAUAAAAAUUAUGAAGAUGCGGAAAAGGCUAUUAACGGUUUGAAUGAAACGAAACAUCAAGGACGUACUAUAGCUGUGGAUUGGGCUUUACCAAAGGACAAAUACUUGGAGGCCAUUGGAUCGCAGCAAAGUGAGAAUUAUAAUGAAGAGACUAUACAGCAAGAUUUAGAGCAAGAGAUUCAGGACAAGACACCAAAGAGCUUGUAUCCUCCUUCGGAGGGAAAUGUAUUAUUUAUUCGAAAUCUUUCUUUUGAUGCCACAGAAGAAGAGCUUUCCGAGAUAUUUAAACCAUUUGGACCUUUGCGUUAUUGUGUCAUAACGAUGGAUCAUCAGACAGGACAUCCAUCAGAUUCAUUAGCUUGUAAAUUUACAUUACGUGGAAGAGUACUAUCAAUCGUAAAAGCAGUUGAUCGAAACGAAGCACAUAAUAUAAUGGAAAUGAAUCAACAAAGAAGACGUAAAGAGGAUAGAAGGAAUAUUUAUUUGCUACAGGAAGGAGUAAUAUUUCCGGAUUCAUUAUCCGCUAAAUUAUUAACGCCUUCGGAAGUUAAUAAACGUGUCACAUCAUAUUCUUUUAGAAAGAAUUUGUUGGCAAAAAACCCAAACCUUUAUAUUUCAAAAACCAGAUUGUCAGUAAGGAAUCUACCAUUAACAGUAGAUGAAAGUACCUUAAAAAAAUUAGGAAAAGAAAGUGUUAAAAAGUUUAAAGAAGAGGUUGAGAAUGAAGAGAGAAAAGAUUUAACAGAAAGCGAGAAAAUGGAAGGGUGGAAUAGAAAGGUAGAUGUUAAGCAGGCUAAAGUAAUUCGAGCCAAAGAUAGAAUCGAUAAAACCACACAAAAACCACGUAGCAAAGGAUAUGGAUUUUUGGAAUUCACACAGCACGCACAUGCAUUGGCAGCAUUAAGACAUCUUAAUAAUAAUCCGGAAUUAUUCGGAGAACGGAAAAGAUUAAUCGUAGAAUUUGCGGUAGAGAAUUCUAUCAUUGUUAAAAAGAGAUCAGGAAGAUUAAGCAAUAAAAAUGAUAAGAAUAAAGUCGUUGAAGACAAUGUUAAUGUAGAUAAGAGGAAAAAGUCAAGGUAA